UGAGGGCGCGCAGGCGCGGAGCCGAGCCCGAGGCCGCCGGCUCCGCCGCUGCCGGGGAGCGGGCUGUGCGGGCCCGGGGGUCGCGGCCGCGGCCUUGCCUGUGGCCCGGGGCUGCCGCCUCUGAGCGGGAGCGGGCGGCGCGGAGGAUGAGCUGGUUCAACGCCUCACAGCUGUCCAGCUUCGCCAAGCAGGCGCUGUCCCAGGCCCAGAAAUCUAUCGACCGGGUGUUGGACAUCCAGGCCGAGGAGAGCCCCUGGCCCGACGCCGUCAUCCCCGACUACGGCGACGGAACCAAUUCUCUCAUAAGUGGAGGAUGGGAUACCUCUUCGUGGGGUUUAAGUUCAAAUACAGAACCACAAAAUCAGCCAAUAUCACCGACAGCAAUCACCAAACCAGUGAGGAGAACAGUAGUAGAUGAAUCUGAAAACUUCUUCAGUGCCUUUCUCUCUCCAACGGACGUCCAGAGUAUACAGAAAAAUCCAGUGGUGUCCAAACCUCCAGCCAAAUCACAGCGACCCAAGGAGGAGGUGAAAAGCACUUUAAAGGAGUCUCAGCACUUCAGUCAGCUGGAAGUACCGGUGACAACAGAGGCAGAAGUGAAAGAUUCCUCUGUAACAGGCCUAGUGGACUUGAAAAACCUUGAUAGUCCGAAGGAGAAAUUGGAAGAGAAUUCUGUGCUUAAAUCGAACGCUGAGCAUGAAGAAAGCACAAAUGAAAUUGCUGACAAAAAAGCGUCUGCUCUAAAUUUGAAAGAACCUGAGGAUGCUCUUAAUGAAAAAACCAGCGCGGGGGCAGAUGGAGCAGGAGGUGCGCUGGAUACCAACUCGCAGUCUCUUAAUACAGGUACAAAAGAUGCAGGCUUGGAAACUAAGGAACAAAAAACUGAGGACAGGCAAAGCAAUACACCGUCACCUCCAAUAAGCACUUUCUCCUCGGGGACAUCCACAACUAGUGAUAUUGAAGUUUUGGACCAUGAAAGUGUAAUAAGUGAGAGCUCAGUAAGUUCAAGACAGGAAGCUGCAGAUUCAAAAUCCAGUCUUCAUCUAAUGCAAACAUCAUUUCAGCUUUUAUCUACAUCUGCCUGCGCAGACUAUAAUCGUUUGGAUGACUUUCAAAAAAUGACCGAAAGCGGCUGCUCCUCUGAUGCUUUUGAAAGAAUAGAUUCAUUUAGUGUACAGUCUUUAGAUAGCAGAAGCGUAAGUGAAAUAAAUUCAGAUGAUGAAUUAUCGGGCAAGGCUUGUGCUUCAGCAUCUGUCGCUAUCAGUCCUUCUGUGCCAAAGACAGAAACGGUUGACGACCUGAAAGGUAAAUCUGAAGAUGUGAGUGACAGUCCUGUGGUACACGCUGAGGAAGCUGAGAUGGAAGAGAGUGGGAGAAGCGCAACCCCUGUUAAUUCUGAGCAGCCAGAUGUUUUGGUGUCUGCUGUGCAAACUGAAGAACAAGUUGUGACAGAGCAGACUGAGCCUCAGCCCGGUGCUGAUGGAAAGGUGCUAGAAGAGGACUCUGAAAUGGAAAAGCUUAAAAAAGUGAUUGAUUCAUUAACUGAGAAACUGGAGAAGAGGGAAACACAGUUACUGAGUACUAGUAAAGAGAAGGCACGGCUGGAAGAAGCUUAUGAUAACCUAAAAGAUGAAAUGUUUAGAAUGAAAGAAGAGACCAGCAGCAUUUCAUCUCUUAAGGAGGAGUUUGCGCAGCGAAUAGCAGAUGCUGAAAAGAAGUUCCAGCUAGCAUGCAAAGAAAGAGAUGCAGCUAAAAAGGAAGUAAAGACUGUUAAAGAAGAGUUGGCAACUAGACUUAAUACCAAUGAAACUGCUGAAUUACUGAAAGAAAAAGAAGAGCAAAUCAAAGGAUUGAUGGAGGAAGGAGAAAAACUUUCCAAACAACAGCUUCACAAUUCCAACACUAUUAAGAAAUUAAGAGCAAAGGAGAAAGAAAGAGAAAAUAUUAACACAAAACAGAACAAAAAGAUUAAGGAGCUGGAAGAAGAGUUGCAGCAUUUAAAACAGGUACUUGAUGGCAAAGAGGACCUUGAGAAGCAGCAUCGAGACAGCAUUAAACAACUGAAUGUUGUUGUGGAGCGACAGGAAAAGGAUCUUGCUAAGCUUCAGGCAGAAGUGGAAGACCUUGAAGAACGUAACAGAAGUGGCCAGGCAGCACUUGAUAGUGCAUACAAAGAACUUGCAGAUCUUCAUAAAGCUAAUGCUACAAAGGACAGUGAGGCACAAGAAGCUGCCCUAAGUCGGGAAAUGAAGGCAAAGGAAGAGCUUGGGUUAGCGCUGGAGAAGGCCAAGGAUGAGGCACGGCAGCAACAAGAAGCUUUGGCAAUUCAGGUGGCAGACCUGAGGCUCGCGCUGCAACGUGCAGAACAGCAGGCGGCGAGAAAAGAAGACUAUUUACGCCAGGAGAUCAGUGAACUACAACAGAGACUCCAGGAAGCAGAGAACCGGAACCAAGAACUAAGUCAAAGUGUUACUUCUGCUACACGCCCUCUUCUCCGGCAGAUAGAGAAUUUGCAAGCCACACUAGGAGCACAAACCUCUGCAUGGGAAAAAUUGGAAAAGAACCUUUCUGACAGACUUGGUGAGUCUCAAACUCUUCUAGCAGCAGCUGCUGAGAGAGAACGGGCCGCAACAGAGGAGCUUAUGUCUAAUAAAGUUCAGAUGUCUUCUACUGAGUCUCAGAAUAGUCGUUUAAGGCAGGAGAAUAGCCGCCUUCAGGCUCAGCUGGAAAUGGAGAGAAACAAAUUGAAGAAAAUGGAAGUUGAAAACAGUAGGUAUGAGGUUGAACUAGAAGAACUCAAAGAUGAGUAUGCAAAAACCUUGGAAGAUGCAAAGAAGGAAAAGGCACUGCUAACUACUCAGUUAGAAAUGGAGAAAAUGAAGAUUGAACAGGAAAGAAAGAAGGCAAUUUUUGCGCAAGAAGCAGCAAAAGAGAAGGAUCGGAAGUCAUUUACCAUUGAAACUGUUUCAAGCACUCCAACGAUGUCACGGUCUAGUUCCAUAAGUGGAGUUGAUAUGGCAGGUCUUCAGACCUCUUUCCUGUCACAGGAUGAUCCUCAUGAUCACUCAUUUGGACCAGCAGCUAGUAGUGGGAGCAAUCUUUAUGAUGCUAUAAGAAUGGGAGCAGGUUCAAGUAUAAUUGAAAACCUUCAAUCACAAUUAAAACUAAGAGAAGGAGAGAUCUCCCAUCUACAGCUGGAAAUUGGAAACCUUGAAAAAACUAGAUCGAUCAUGGCAGAGGAACUGGUAAAAUUAACAAAUCAAAAUGAUGAACUUGAAGAAAAAGUGAAGGAAGUACCAAAAUUGCGUGCACAGCUAAAGGACUUGGAUCAAAGAUACAAUACCAUUCUGCAGAUGUAUGGGGAGAAAGCAGAGGAAGCUGAAGAACUCCGGCUGGAUCUUGAGGAUGUGAAAAACAUGUAUAAGACUCAGAUAGAUGAACUCUUAAAACAAAGACAAACCUAACUCCUGCUGGAACUCGUAACGUUGUAUGGUAACAGAUUGUAUAGAUAUUUAUGUAAAUGCUGGAUUAAAAUGUUUUAAAAAAAAUUAAGUGUAUGAUAGAAAACGUGUCUAUACGAUAGAGUUCAUAUGUUGACAAGAAUCAAUGCUUUAAAUGUCUUCUACUGUCUGCAGUUAAAUUAUUUGUGCAAUAUUUAAAAGAUUUAAGUCAUCUCUGUAUUUAUGUUUUUACUAAAAAAAAGGACCAUUUUACUUACAAAAACACUAACAGGAAAGAUGGUUGUUACCUCAUGAGACAGCACUGGAUGGCAUGAGAUUUACUCAAGUGGCCCCUUCAUUCAUAACCUCGUAUACUCAUGACAAAUCAGAAGUCUUUUUAAAAUGUUCUUAAGGAGAAUUUUUCUAGAAUUCCACCAGGUCAUUUUUAAUACCGAAAUAGCAGUGGUUUGCUGUCUGAAGGAUCAUGGGGUAUUUUCAGGAAAGGAAGGUCUAAUAUUUGUACUUGCAGUCUCUGAACAUGUUAGGCCAGCAGUUCUCUGUGUAAAAUAGUUAGCCUGAUCUGAUUUUUCUGAGCCCUGUAAAGCAGAGUGUGGGACACAGGUGAAACUGUCUAAGUGAUGCAGCUUCAUCUUAUCUAUUGCUCAUGCUGUGUCUUGUGAGCUGUCCAGAGACAGCUGAUCUGCGUGGUGUUCUCAACGUGCUUAACGUGUAACACCAGAGAUAUGAAGCAUUCAAUAUUUGCUCUAGGGUUGGACGCUGACUUUUAAAACAGUAGCUAAAACGGUUCAGAAGAAUGCAGAAAAAAAAGAUAUAUAUACAUUUUGAAAUAAAAGAAUUGCUGCUGCUCUCAUGUCAUCAUUCCUGGUGUAUAAAUAGCGAGGUUUAGACUUCUGCAGAACUGUACUGCCGCUUAAUAUAGUUUUCAAGCAAGUCUCCAGUGGCUGCAAAGUAUUUCUCAUGCUCUUCCUGAAGCGAGGUAUUGGUCGAACAGCAUCCACGUGGCUUGAUGCUUAGCCAUGUUGUGGGUCAUGUCAGAGGAAACUUCGGAAUUGGACCCUUGGGAAUGCUGAGAAUGGGGGGAAGAAGCUUGCCUCCUCCUCUUUGCAUUCCAGACAGCAAAUAUUUGUCUUUAUCUCAGAGCUGUAGCUGUGAUAGACACUCGUGUGAAAUACUCUGCAGUUGAAGUUCUUUGCCUAUCAUACUGUUGCCUCCACUGUGAGGGGUUUCUUUUGCAUUUGUGUUGGAGAACUCUGUUUCUGCUUCUGUAUUCAGUGGACAGGAGACAGACCAAGCUGCUGAGGUGAAAAGCCUCUCAGAGCUUUUCACUUUGCCACCAUAUUGAAAUGUGCUCAGUUGCCUUAAGUUUUAAAAAACAAACAAAAAAAACCCAAAAUGAAAACACUUGUCAGAACUCACAGAUUUGUAGCACCUUAAGUCAGCCAGAGUUAUGAUGUGCAACUGUUAGCUCAUCCAUUUCUUGCAAAGCAAAACAGAAAACUAAUCAAAGCCCAGAACAGGCAAUAAACCUUGUUUCAUGACGAUUGAUGGCGAGAAGCAGCUGUUUUCUUUUGCAGAGAAUCAGUGCAUCGCUCCUUUUACAAUCUUGGAAGACAAAUGGAGCACUCUAAAAAAAAAUAUAUAUAUAUAUAUAUAUGACAUCAUGGCUUUUCUUGGGAUUUACUACUGCCAGCAUUUCCUUUGCAGCGUGUGCGUGGCUGCUCCUUCAGGUGCCGGUGUCAGCAUCUCACACUGUCUCAUGUUUUCAGGAGGUAAAUGAGCAAUUUACACGCACACUCAGCAUUAACAUUUUUUUUUUUUAGAUGCAAAAGCAUUUGACGGAGUGUUCGAUUUUUAAAUUUUGCAGAAGUAGAUGUAAAUAGCUGUACUGACUCUUUCCGGAUUCUUUAUUCCCAUUCAGUGCAACGUUUACUGUCGCACAGGAAUCCAAGGGCCUACUGUGUCUUAAGCAUCAAAGCCUUAGAAACCAGAGUAGCUGGUUGAACGUAGACUUCUAAGCAUUCUGAUUCACUUUGACAUAAUACUUGUAGGGUUUUUGUUUUGAGGAAAUGUUAAUGUGUACCAGGACAUUUGAUGCUCGUUGCUAUGGAAAGGAGAAAAAAGAAAGCGUUUAGGUCACAAUACUGACAUCCUCUUCCAUUUAAAUUAGUUGUUUUUAAGUAGCCCUUGUGGAAGCAACUGAUUUGCAGCUCAUUCUCACCGCGUAGGCAAGUGCGGAGCAAGGUUAUUUAAGGUCUCACUCAGUGUGCUGCUCAAUGGGGUCUUUUUUCAUGCCUUUGGCAAACAAGGGCAAGGCCUCUGCUAAGGGAGGUGGUAAAGGGAGGGGCUGGCCCAGCGUUGGGUUGGUGUUGCCUCCUUCAGGAGCAAAGAAUCAAACAUCUAAAACCUCACGUACCCAUCCAUCAGAGAAAGGGUUGGUUCUGUCAGCUUUUGUCCUGUUAACGUGUUUGUCACAGUGCACGUUUUGCUAAGGGCUACAGAGAUCCUGAAUGCGGAACAACAACACGGGUUAUCCCGCGGUGAAAACGGAACCUUGGUUUCUAAUUGUAAAAUGUGUAUAAAGUGUACAUACAGAGCAUGGGUUGGGGUGAAAUAAAACUUUACGCUAAGA